ACUUCCUCACAGAGCUGCUCCCGGAGCGUCAUCCGGGACAUCUGCUGCCGCACAGAGCAGCGCGAGCUCAGCGCGCGACGUUCCGCCUUCAAACGCCGCAAAUGCUCCGAAGCCCAAGUUUCUCCAGAGAAGAAGGAAACACCGGACAUUGGAAGUCUUUUUGGGGGUUCAGCUGCAUCUUUUCAGACGUCCGGAGACAUUAGAGAGCUGUAACGGAGACUUAUACGGAGGGAUUUUGGCUCCUGCAGCCAUUUCCCCUGCAGGGCUGAGCUCUUUGGCUGGCUCGCCACUUCCUUAGCAGAGAGCUGGCAGGGGCAACAUCUGAGCAGGUCAUGAAGCCUCAAGAGGCGGAGCUCGUCUCUGAAAUCUCAAAGCUGCAAUGCAUGGUGUCGGAGCUGAAGACGGGGUUCACCGGCGCUCUGCUGGAGCUCAGUCAGAUCCAACAUGGAGACACGUACCUGAGGGAGGAGCUGGAGGAGAACCGGAGGGGCUGCCAGAAGAAAGCUCUCCGUCUGGAGGCGCUGGUCGAGUCUCUGAGGGAAGAACUCGGAGGGAUGCGCGGUCAGAUCCUGCAGCUGCACAGCAACAGACUGAGACCUCAGCAGGAGGGAAAGAGCUCCACAUCCAAGCACAGAGAGAGCAGCGACGCAGCAGAAGCGUCCGGCGAGCGGCGGCCGUGCGACCGUUCGGCCGGACCGUCCCGAGGGAAGCUGCUGCUCCUCUGCUUCCUGCAGGGCCUCAAGGCCGGAAAGAGCGACGGCACCGAUGCUCGACAUCAGGUGGCGAUGCAGCUCCUGCACUCUGAGUGGGAGUACGUGUCCGCCUUAAACCAGCUGUAUGACAAAUACAGGACGCCCCCAGCUCACCAGAUCACCGUGGAGCCGUAUCAGACAUAUGUGAAGUGUGUGGAGCAGCUGUUACAGCGACAUCUCCUCUUCAGAAACACGCUGCAGGAGCGCUUGACUGCCGAACACUGGAAAUCUCUGGUUGGAGACAUCCUGGUGCAUCUUAUCGGACAGAACGAUACGGCCUUUUCGGACAUGUACCUCGGAUACACGGCGACCCUGGCAUCGUUCCUCUCGCUGGAGUUCAACAGACUGAAUCGCUCCGAGGAAAUGCAGAAGAUGCAGAGCGGCCACGCGGAGAGAGAGGAAAUUAAACUGCUCUACCUGCUGUUGGCACCCGUCUCUCGCAUCCACGGCUACCUGAGCCACAUACAGAACCUGCUGCAGUGGACGGGGAAAGAGCAUCCUGACUGCAGCCUCCUGCUGGGAAGCGAGCGAGCGCUGAGGAGCAUCUUGUCCCGUUGUCAUGUGAUCCUGGAGGAAGACGUCCUGUGGGAGGAAGGAGGAGGAGGAGGAGGAGAAGGAGGUGGACAGAGCAGCUGCACGGAUGCAGUGGCAGGUGGAUCCUCUGCAAAGUGCUGCACCAGGAGCCAACAGGCCAGAGAGUCCCAGCGUCAGCCCGACGCUGCAGCUCAGAGAGACGACCCGCAGCCCGUCAGUAAUGGAGUGGACGGGUGUCACUCCAUGCGUCUGGAGUGCUGGUCCUGCAGCCCGGUGAGGAGGAAGGUCUGUGGAAGAGAGCGGACCCUCCUGAAGCAGCAGGCCCGGGACUGCGGACACGCCUGCUGCGGCCUCCUCACCCCGGACGCUGCCGCGUGGGGGGAGCACAGCGACUCGGGCCGGGGCACCUACAGCCAGCUCACCGGGAGAGGCACCGACGGGCUGGAGGCCCCUCGCGCCCGUGGCCACGGCCUCGAGGACUGCGAGACGGACCAAGACGACACGUCGGCCUUCGACUACUCCUCCGUGACCUCCUGCAGCCCCGACGCCACGCUGCGCAGGGAGACGACGGGCAGCAACAGUGGCGAGGAGGAGGAGGAGGAGGAGGAAGAGGAAGAGGAGGACAGCCAGGUGCCGGUGCUGUUGAAGCCCUCGUGCAGCCAGCAGCAGCAGCAGCAGCAGGCGCCCCGAGAGAGGACCGUGUGUCUGAGGUGGCAGAUUCCCCGGGUGACCCCUCACCCUCCUCUGAGGAACGCCGUGGGGCCGCCGCCGUGUCUGAUCGGCUCCUACGGGAAGAGGCUGGUCCACGUGAGGAAGGGGUCUCCUCCUCUACAUCCCAAAAGUGCAUUCAGGCCCAUCGUGGAUGAUCCAUCCAAACAGCAGGUGGAUGCAGCUCCGGAGAAAGACAACAGACAAGGCUUCCUACCGAUUCCAGCCCCAGCGAGACAAAGCUUUCUAAAAUUCAACCCGAGCAGAGAGAACCUGAGACCGGGCCCGGCUCAGCAGAGAGGCCACCAUGCAGCAGCCGUGAGCGCUGGAGGACUGUGGGAGGACAGUGAGGACAGCGAGGGUCCCUGCAGCACCGUGUGACCCUCCAGCAGAGACAACGGGACCAGCAAUAAACACAUCAAAACGGUGGAGGUUACAAACGGGAGCUCAAUUUGAGAUUUCUUUGAUGGAGACAUUUCCCCAGAUGGUCACGACGGCAACGUAACUGCAUGGAUUGUUGUGAAUACGGCAGACAGCUUUGUUUGGCUCCAGCUACAUUUAGAAAUGUGAGAUGAGAGAGAUCAAAGAGCAACAUUCAUCUGAAAAAAAUAAUUACACUUUUUACACAACGGUUAGACUGAGAAAUCAAAUGUAAUAAUACAGAUUAUAUUGUUUUAGUUUUUUUUUAACUGGGAGGUGGUGAUGUAUGACACAAUGUAUAAAGUUAGCUUAAAGAAAGCUAAUGUUACUAAUAAAUAUUACUUCAUACAUUUAAAUGGGUAUAUUUUAAUAUCGAAUGGAAGCAGUAACGUGACAUUUUGGAAAACAUGCUUAUUUUGCUUUCUGGUGGAGAGUCAACGUCCCUCUUGAUUGUGUAGUUAAAGCUACGUGAAAUAUGAGGCAACGUCUGGCUCUAUUAAAUAGCAACAAACCACUUAAUAUGUUGUGUAUAUAGUUUAUGUAACAUAUCCAAAAACCGAGCUGUAAAAAGGACAAUCCGUUAAAACAGGCCAGUUAAAGGUCGGUAAAAUGUCGGUUGCAGAUGCAUCUUAGUGCCAACAGACACAUGAAAGUGGCAGUUGUUUUUAUUAUUAACUAACACCAACAGAAAGUAAAUACUUUAUUAAAAAAAAAAAAUCUCAAAAUUCUAAAACCACUUACCAACAAAAGCCGAG